CCUUGGUCUGAGGGGAUGGCGGUGCGGUGCUGCCCACGCCCUAGCUGUCCGGCAGGCAUUGGGACGAGGCCCCGAGGCGGCAGCGACUCACGCCUUCUGGCGUUGGCUUCAUGGAGGAGUCGCUUUAAACUGGGUCUUGCGGGAUGCAUUGGAGCUCAUCACGCGACAGGCGUGUGGGGUUACAGUGGGGUGACGGGACCGUCAGGCCCCAGCAGGUGUUCCAGGAGCAGGAACUACAAGGCUGAAUUUGCAUCGUGCCGGCUGGAGGCCGUGCCCUUGGAGUUUGGGGACUACCACCCGCUGAAACCCAUCACCGUCACAGAAUCAAAGACAAAGAAGGUGAACCGGAAAGGAAGCACCUCUUCCACGUCGUCAUCCUCCUCCAGCUCCGUGGUGGACCCGCUGAGCAGUGUCCUCGAUGGGACCGACCCCCUCUCCUUGUUUGCAGCCACUGCUGACCCUGCAGCCAUGGCAGCAGCAACGGACAGCUCCAGAAAGAAACGCGACAGAGAUGAGAACUUGGUCGUAGGAUCGGAUUUUGAGCCAUGGGCCAACAAGCGGGGAGAGAUCCUCGCUCGGUACACGACCACGGAAAAGCUGUCCAUUAAUCUUUUUAUGGGAUCUGAAAAAGGCAGAGCUGGGGCCGCCGGGUCUGCGAUGUCGGAGAAGGUCCGGACCCGCCUGGAGGAGCUGGAUGACUUCGAGGAGGGAUCCCAGAAGGAGCUGUUGAACUUGACUCAGCAGGAUUACGUGAACCGCAUAGAGGAACUCAACCAGUCACUGAAGGACGCCUGGGCCUCUGACCAGAAAGUGAAGGCCCUGAAGAUCGUCAUCCAGUGUUCAAAGCUGCUUUCAGACACCAGUGUGAUUCGGUUCUACCCGAGCAAGUUUGUCCUCAUCACCGACAUACUGGACACGUUUGGAAAGCUGGUCUACGAGCGCAUCUUCUCCAUGUGUGUGGAUAACCGCAGCGUCUUACCAGAUCACUUUUCUGCAGAGAACGUGAGCGACACGGCCAAGGAGACGUGCCUGAACUGGUUCUUCAAGAUCGCCUCCAUCAGGGAGCUCAUCCCCAGAUUCUACGUGGAGUCCUCCAUCCUGAAGUGUAACAAGUUCCUCUCCAAAACGGGGAUCUCGGAAUGCCUGCCCAGACUGACCUGCAUGAUCAGAGGCAUCGGGGACCCGCUGGUGUCCGUGUACGCCCGCGCCUACCUGUGCCGGGUGGGAAUGGAAGUAGCGCCACAUCUCAAAGAAAGCCUCAAUAAGAACUUCUUUGACUUCCUCCUCACGUUUAAACAGAUUCACGGAGAUACGGUCCAGAACCAGCUGGUGGUCCAGGGGGUAGAGCUCCCCUCCUACCUCCCCUUGUACUCUCCUGCCAUGGACUGGAUCUUCCAGUGCAUCUCCUACCACGCCCCCGAGGCUCUGCUGACUGAGAUGAUGGAAAGAUGCAAGAAGCUGGGAAACAACGCCUUGCUAUUGAAUUCUGUGAUGUCAGCCUUCCGGGCCGAGUUCAUCGCCACGAGAUCUAUGGACUUCAUUGGAAUGAUCAAAGAGUGCGAUGAGUCUGGUUUCCCCAAGCAUCUCCUUUUUCGGUCACUGGGGUUAAACUUGGCCUUGGCCGAUCCACCUGAGAAUGAUCGACUUCAGAUUCUCAAUGAAGCUUGGAAAGUUAUCACAAAAUUGAAGAAUCCACAGGACUAUAUUAACUGUGCUGAAGUGUGGGUGGAGUACACCUGCAAGCAUUUCACGAAGCGAGAGGUGAACACCGUUUUGGCUGAUGUCAUCAAGCACAUGACCCCAGAUCGUGCCUUCGAGGAGUCCUACCCCCAGCUUCAGUCAAUCAUUAAGAAAGUGAUCGCCCACUUCCAUGACUUCUCAGUUCUUUUCUCGGUGGAAAAAUUCCUGCCAUUUCUGGAUAUGUUCCAAAAAGAGAGUGUGCGGGUGGAGGUGUGCAAGUCCAUUAUGGAAGCCUUUAUCAAGCAUCAGCAAGAGCCCACCAAGGACCCCGUCAUUCUGAACGCCCUCUUGCACAUCUGCAAGACCAUGCACGACUCUGUAAAUGCACUCACUCUUGAGGAUGAGAAGAGAAUGCUGGCACAUUUGAUUAAUGGAUUUAUAAAAAUGGUUUCCUUUGGCCGUGAUUUUGAACAGCAGCUGAGUUUUUACGUUGAGUCCAGGUCGAUGUUUUGCAAUCUGGAGCCUGUGCUUGUGCAGUUGAUUCAUAGUGUGAACCGGUUGGCCAUGGAAACAAGAAAGGUAAUGAAAGGAAAUCAUUCCAGAAAGACGGCGGCCUUUGUCCGGGCCUGUGUCGCCUAUUGCUUCAUCACCAUCCCCUCCCUGGUGGGCAUCUUCACCCGGCUCAACCUCUACCUGCACUCUGGCCAGGUUGCCUUGGCCAACCAGUGCCUCUCCCAAGCUGAUGCUUUUUUCAAAGCUGCUAUAAGCCUCGUUCCAGAAGUUCCAAAGAUGAUAAAUAUCGACGGGAAGAUGCGGCCUUCGGAGUCAUUCCUUCUGGAAUUCCUCUGCAAUUUCUUCUCUACUCUAUUAAUCGUCCCGGAUCAUCCUGAACACGGGGUCCUGUUUCUUGUUCGAGAGCUUCUCAAUGUGAUCCAAGACUACACCUGGGAGGACAGCAGCGAUGACAAGAUCCGCAUCUACACUUGUGUCCUGCACCUGCUGUCCGCCAUGAGCCAGGAGACAUACCUGUACCACAUCGACAAAGUGGACUCCAACGACAGCCUGUACGGGGGAGACUCCAAGUUCCUGGCUGAGAACAACAAGCUGUGUGAGACUGUGAUGGCCCAGAUCCUGGAGCACCUGAAAACCCUGGCCAAGGACGAGGCCCUGAAGCGCCAGAGCUUGCUGGGCCUGUCUUUCUUCAACAGCAUCAUAGCCCACGGGGACCUGCGCAACAACAAGCUCAAUCAGCUAUCAGUCAACCUGUGGCACCUGGCACAAAGGCACGGCUGUGCAGACACCAGGACCAUGGUGAAGACUCUAGAAUACAUCAAGAAGCGAAGCAAACAGCCAGACAUGAACCAUCUGACCGAGCUGGCCCUGAGGCUCCCGCUGCAGACCAGGACCUAACCCAGUGCACCCUGGCAGCUCCCUCCCAGAGAGCACCUGUAUUGCCUGAAACUCCUGCCGGGAUCCGAGUUUCCUUUUUACUUUCAUUUACACACAGGUUGGCUUAAGCUUUGGCCUCUCCCCAGGUUAUUCUGACAAUGAAAAUGAGGGAAUCAUCAGAGCAUUAAAAUCAAAUCUCGUCCUCCGGGCA